UAUUCCGUCCUCAACCAUUUGAACCAUUUGAACCAUUUGAAAAGCGCGUUGUAUGGAGACGUUGUCACAGCGUCAGCUGUUUUUCGUGCAUACCUUCAUGGUCUAUGUGUUUUGAGUUGCAUGGCCGUAUGUUACAUUUUUCCUGAAAAUAUCUUGCGGAAAUAAAUAACUUUGAGUGUCAAGAAAAAAUGUCCGUUUUAGUGAGAAUGUGUAAACUUUGUGGUGGUCAUAUUGGUGAACAGUCAGAAUUGUCCUUCGAAGACAUGGUCACUAAUUGGUUAGAUGAGAAUCCUGAAUUUACUUUCAAGUACUUUGUCAAAUCUGCAUCUCCAAGCAUGGUUGAAGCCUGGGCUAAUGGACGUAAUCAUGGUGAAUAUGAUUGCCUCUUUGAUAACUCAAUAACUGUUAUGGACGAGCACAAUGAUAAAAGUGAUGAUAAAACUCAAGUUACCACUUCUCUAUCACUACCUAUACGUAAGAUAAGCAGCCAGGAUUUGGAAUUGACCUAUGACAAGCGUAUUUUAUCUUCCAACGAAGAUGGAAGGCCCACAUUUAUAAACUCUGUGUUCUUUUCUUUCCCUUCCAAUGAACACAUCGAUUCAAGUACUAGUUCUGUUCGUCAAACUGUGGCUUCGCCAAGUCGUCCGACACAUCCAACUGAGAGAGAUUUGAUAAGGGAACUUGCUUUAGAUAUUUGUCGUGAACUUGACGUGACAUCUUUAUCCUUUAAAAUUGUGCAGAAUGUUUGUAGACUAAUCAACGCUGAUCGUGGAUCGUUUUUCCUUGUGGAAAAGUCGCGUUCGACCGGUGAGGAUGUUCUUGUUAGCAAACUUUUUGAUAUUACUCCUGAGUGUAUAUUUGAUGAUGUUUUACAGCGAUGUUCCUCUAAUCACAUCAUUGUUCCUUUUAAUGUUGGUGUAACCGGCUACGUCGCACGAACCGGAGAUUACGCAAAUAUUCCGGAUGCAUAUGCCGGUGUCAGCCACCUAGCUGGUCAAUAAACUAUCUGAAAUAAUAACAUAAUUAACUCCUUCAAUAAGUAUUUGGGUAUGAAUUACAUUUUAAUUGUAUGAGCUUAUUAUGUUGUCUAGUUGCCCGAGCCGAAAUCGGUGAAUCUGAGCUCGAACCUAGAACCAAGUGGUUCAAAAUUGGAUCCCUUAACUACUGACUCACUGCUUCAGACUAUCGGUUUGAGUACUAUUUGUAGACCUGUGUAGCCUUUUUUUGAUUGCAAAUAUGUUUCAAAUAAUUUUUUGCGACCCCAUAACGAAGUCUAGGAUUGUAAACUUAGCUUCAAGCAAUACGUUUUGUGUGGAGGUUAAUAAUAAUACUGGACUACUGUCUCUAAACCACCAAUCUUACAGCCCCUUGGAGAUAGCUCAAGUCCACUGACGAUGGCACAAGAGUACUCAUUGUUUAUCUUUCCAGAACCUAACGUUUUAGUAUUACUUUAUUCUUCUCAUUAGUUCGUUUAAUUUAUUUCAAUAGACUCAUCACUUUCAGUUUUCAUUAUGGAUAUUUUUAAUUCCUUAUCCAUCUUGUUAACUCAUUCUCUCGUUGCACUAAUAUGAAACGUGACAACUCAGGUUGAUCCACAGUUGUCCGAAGUUUUCAGUCAUUUACGAUUGGUUGAAUGAUUUUACACACUAUUUUUGGUCAAUCUGUCAGCUACGUUCGAAUUCACCCAGGUUUAAAAGGCCAAAAACUAGUUUCGCAACUUGUUGUAGAUUGGCCACUGCGUUCAAUAAUUAUCUGAAUUAGUAAAUAUGUUUGUUUGUUGGAUGAUAAUGACUGAAUUUAGAAGAUUUUGCCAGUUUUAUUUUUAGUACUUGCAUCUGACUUCAAAAACUUGUUAACUACUGACAUUUCUCCAAACCUUUUGGCAGGAUCCUCGAUUUGAUGAUUCUGUAGAUCGUGUAACGGGAUAUAAAACGCGCUGCCUUUUAUGCAUGCCUAUAAAAAAUGUUGAUGGAAAAGUGUUAGGCGUUGCACUGGUUAUCAAUAAGAAAGUUCCUUCUGAUCAGCAUCAUGAUCAAAGCAUUAACUCGGUUCAACCUAGUAGUUGUGAGAGUGAAUCAAUCAGUAAACAUGCUUCAUUCACUGAAGAAGAUGUAAAGAUAUUUCAAUCAUAUGUUACAUUCUGUGGUAUUGGAUUACACAAUGCACAAAUUUAUGAGCAGAGUCGUUUAGAAACAUACCGUAACCAAGUAAGUACUAUCUGUUCUUCUAUGACUUUACUUUGUAUAAUUCAUUCUUAGAUUUCGCAAGAUUGGUUUUAGUACAAGCUAUAACUCGCCAACGGUAAAAUAAAGUUGGGGAACAGUAUCCCAAAUGUUUUUUUCUAUUGAAAGCAAAUUCACAAUAUACUUUGAUAAAAGGAAAAGUGUGUAGUGGUAAUGGGAAGAAUUGUGAGCAUCUGUUAUUGAGAGAGUUGGGAAUAUAGAUCAUCCGGCUGCCCAUAAUUAUCUGGCUUUCAAUUGUCGUCUAACCGUUCUCGAUUAAUGGUACUUUUGGAACUUGCACGAAUUAUAUUUUCAGAACAACUUGAUAUAACUCGUCUUAUUUAUUCAGUAUUAUCACAUACAAUUUGUUUACUACAAUGCCAACGUUGUCAAUUACUUUUAGUAAAAACAACUUCAUCUAUAUCAUCUUAUUCUUCAAUUGAUGAGAUGGGACCAUUUCAUGAUCAUUUCUCACAAAUAUUUGAAUUAGCGUGGAACAAAAAAUCGGAUUCGCCUGAUGUUAAGAAAAAAAAGCAUAGUAUCGACGAAGCUCGAUUCCCUGUUCAGUUAGAUUUGGCUAUUCACGUAUUACAAACUGGUGAAUCUCUUCAUGUCAAUAUCAAUGGUACCACUACUAUUUCGAAUAAUAAUAAUAAAAAUAAAAAUAAUAAUAAUGAAUACAAAAAGAUUGACGAAACACUCGAAGAAGAUUUGGAUCCAGUUUGGAGAAGUCGUUCCGUUCUCUGUAUGCCAAUUAAACAUUCCGACGGUAAAGUAUUAGCUGUAUGCAUAAUAACAAAUAAAUCAACUGUUGAUUUAAGAAUCAAUAAUAAUAAUUUCAGUCAACAAGUUACGCGUCAUUUCGAUUUCAAACCAGUUACAGAUAAUGUUCAAUAUUCAUCAAAUGAUAAUCUAUCAUCUAAAGAACCUGUUACAAUGUCGACAUCAAUUAACGAUUGGUCUGGAAUAUUUACUUAUUCUGAUGAAUUUUUAUUUGAAGCAUUCGCUUUAUUUGUUGGUUUGGGUAUUUCAAAUAGUCAACUGUAUGAAAAAGCUAUACGAAGUGCAGCAAAACAAAAAGUUAUCAUGGAUGUUUUGUCGUAUCAUGCUACAGCGCCGACAUCUGAAGCUAAACGCUUAGCUACAUCAUUAAUACCAACUAUGAGAUUUUAUCAUUUAGAUAAAUUUUCAUUUACUGAUGUACGAUUAUCAGAUGAAGAUACUCUGAAAGCAUGUAUACGAAUGUUUCAAGAAAUGAAUUUUAUGAAAUCAAUACAUUUCGAUCAGUUAUCAUUUGCUCGUUGGCUAUUAUCUGUACGUAAAAACUAUCGUGAAGUUACUUAUCACAAUUGGCGUCAUGCAUUCAAUGUGACUCAGACAAUGUUUUGCAUAUUACUAAAAGGUGAUUUUCAGUCAGUAUUUACAGAUCUUGAAUGUUUAGCUUUGUUAACUGCUUGUCUAUCUCAUGAUAUCGAUCAUCGUGGUACAGAUAACCAAUUUCAAAUUAAAACAAUGUCUCCAUUAGCUAAAUUAUAUUCUACAUCAGUACUUGAACAUCACCAUUUCAAUCAGUUCAUGAUGAUACUAUCUAUAAAGGGUAAUAACUUUUUAUGCAAUCUAAACAGAUCAGAAUAUGAUACUGUUGUGAAAUUAAUUAGAGAAGCAAUAUUGGCUACGGAUCUAUCAAGAUAUUUUGCUAGACUACCGAAAUUUCAACAAACUUUGCAUCAUUUGAAAGAAAUUAAUGAUCAAUCUACAAAUUUAUGGCGAAAUGAUCGCGAACAACGUUUAUUACUUGGCUGUAUGUUUAUGACAGCUUGUGAUGUUUCAGCCAUAACAAAACCAUGGCCAGUUCAAAAAUUGACAGCUGAAAUGGUUGCCAAUGAAUUUUUUGAACAAGGUGAUUUGGAAAAAGAACGACUGAAUGUAACACCAGCUGCACUAAUGGAUCGUGAACGCAGUAAUGAACUUCCAAAAUUACAAGUCAGCUUCAUUGACUCAAUUUGUGUGCCGAUUUACGAGGCUAUUGUACAAGUUUCUUCAAAUUUUGAACCAUUACUAAAAGGCUGUAAACGUAAUCGUACAUGUUGGCUUAUUCUAUCUGAAAACGGUGAAGUCGAUCAUUCAUUAUAUGGAUUAAACGAUGAAUCAGAGACUACACCAGGAACAUCAACUGAAACUACAGCAAAAUCAGUCACAACGACAACAACGGAAGGAUCAACACAACUAGAAAAUGUAAUCACAUCCACAUCUAAUAUUAUUACAUCGUUAGGUACAUUGAAUCCAGAUUCAGCUGAACGUAUUGCAAAAAGUAAACCAUUUACGUCAUCAAAUAUUCGUAGAGCUUCUGUAUCAUCAAUGACUACAGUUGGGGGCCAGGAACCACCGAUAUAGUGUCAAUCAUCUGUUGAAUCAAAAUAAUGCAUUGAGACAUACACCUGCAUACACAUUCAUACAUACUUACACACACGAUAUUUUCAAUUUGGUUCGCAUUUUGUUUCACCGAUCCACGUAAAUCGACCUAUUCCAGUAUACUGUCUUUCAGGUGUGUGUGUAUGUGUAUAAAUAUGCUUGUGUACGUGUGUUGAUGUUUGUCUGCUUGUAUUUUCACAUCUGUCUUUUGUGUUAUAAACAGGUAGAAUAAGAUAAGAAGAAGGUUAUCAGUGGAUAGUUGAAUGUACUGUUAUCACUGAAUGGAUUGAAUGUGUAUUUUUUUUACUAAUAAAACAUAAUUGUGGAGAGAGUAGGGGUGAGGGUGUGUGUGAGAGAGAGGGAGAUCUCGCAGUGUAUAGCUUGAGUGUACAGUAGAUGUAAUUAAUGAUUACUUUUCAGUUGUUGUUUUUUUAUUUUCUCAAUUUUUUCUUUAUUUUUAUGGAUAUUCUAUGACGUAAUUCAGAUACUUUAUUGAUUUCUCAUCUAUCAUUAUGCUUUUUGUUGCUAGGCCUUGUGUUUCUAGUUUAUAACCUAAUCUAUCUGUUUUUGCCAUGACAACAAAUCUCUGGAAGUAUACAUAUAUGCGUGUGUGUACGUACCGUUUGUUGAAACAGCAUUCUUUCCCUGUUUAAUUAUUUAUUCAUUCAUUUUACUUCUUUCGUUUUUGUAUUGUUGAACAAAAUGUUAUUCUUAGUUUAAAUGAAGUAUAAAGAAUAGCACUAACUCCACAACCUUGACACUCAGAUUAAAUUGCGUAACUAUGUAUUAUGCUAGACAGUCAGCACUGCAUUCAACACAUCAUAAUAAUGUAUUAUGAAUAUCAGUAUUAUUUUAGUAUAUGUACAAGGUAUUCAGUCUAGUUUUUUUCUGUCUACUGAAUUGAAUUAUGCAAAAUCAAUGUAUUCGUUUGUUUGUACCAUGAAGGAACAAUUCCUCUUGGUUGUUGUUGUUAGUGCCGUCAUCUUAGUUAACUUUAACCUCCGCCCCACUCUUCUCCGAUUUGUAUUCUUUUCAUUCCUCACUAUCAUUACUUAAACUGUUUAUUUCCUCAUUUACUUUUCAUUAGUGUAAGUACUAUUUUCCUCUUACAUUAUUUGUUAUUAAAGGCUGUGAUUAUUUUCCCAUUUACCUGGGGUAUAUAUAUAUAUACCAUAGGUAGCAAUGAACAUAUAUACAAAUGUAAACAUUUAACGUGUGUAUCUUUUUAAUCAGACAGGAUUGAGAAAUAUGACUUCAUUGAUACUAUUCAUCAGCUAAAAUAACUUCUCAUGUUAAUAUAUAUUUCUUACAUAUAUAGUGACAGAGAUUUAAAUCGUACCUUGGUGUUAGAGUUUAUUUUUGAUUUGUUUUGAUAGUUUUAUACUUUAUAAAAACUUGUACAACUUGUGAUCAAAAGUAGUAAUAAAAAGUUGUUGUGAAAAAAUAGAGGAGAGAAAUAGACUAAUCAAAAAAAAUAAGUAUACAUGAACAGGAACUACCAUUCAGUUGGAAAUGCAACAGUGAAAGACUUGGUUUACUCAACGGUGUCCUCAUCAUUUUAAUGGAGAAUUUAAAUUUGGCUACAGCAGGAUUCAAACUGUCCUUUAUUCUAAUGUAUUUCUGAUAAUGUUUGAAACCACUGGGUCACACCACCAGGACCACAAUUAGGGAUUUAUGAUGAGUCGACAGACAUCUGUUACAUGUAGAUUUUUUCCAUAUCACAUCACCACGUCAUAAAAUGAAUACCUCUUCUCUUUUUGCAAGCUGUCCUAGUAUGAUCAUUAAAUACUUAGUACAAAAGACGCUGAUAUGACAUUUGUAAGACAUCUCCAAACCAAUGCUUCAAGGUGGCGACAAAAAUGCAGUUAUAGCCAUUACUCCCGAAUAUACAUAGUCAAACUUCUACAUUACUGACAACGUGUUGCUACUCGAUGUUAGCACAUUUUUGUCGGCAACGAUGAUCAAAGUCGCUGAACCUCCUUAGCCUAAGGAGUUCAACUUUAAUAUGCAUAAAGCGGAACUACUAUAAACGACUCUUUGUGAUCUAAUCCGAAAAGAAUUAUUGACAAUUAUAUGUAGCUAAUAACAUAUUUUACUAUUUAAAUGCGAACAAUUACUUAAAGUGACCGAUGUGUUAUUUUCAAUGUUUAUCGUUGAUAAAUGAAAAUAACCCACUGAUAGAUAUAAUGAUAAAUUAUCGGGCAACUGAUUUAUUCAGAUACUUUCUUUUGAUGAAAUCAGUUUUGUUAAACUGACAAGCAAUAGAUAUUAACGAAAAUUUUCUUGAAUCUUUUUUGUCCUUCACCUUAAAAACUGCCUAUCUAGUGUUUUUUUUCAUAUCUUAUAGUUUCCUUACUCUUCACGGUGAUGUGACCUAACUCUAGCGGUCAUAAAUUUUAGAAAUGUGAUAUACAUUUAAAUAUUUUACACUGAAG